GUUGACAAGUAUUCUCUAUUUAUUUAAGUCUUGAGCUUCAAUCAUCUACAAGCAAUCAUCCAUGGAGAAGUCUUUUCCUCUGCAUGAAUGCCAUGUAAACAAAGUCACCAUCAUCAUCAACAGAACCCAUGCAAUCCUCCAUUCCAUAGCCAUACUCUUGUUGAUUCAUUACAGGCUUUCUUUCUUUUUCCAACACCCCCAAAACAUCACCAUCCCCACUCUUCCAUGGCUUCUAAUCUUCGUCUCCGAGUUGAUUCUCUCUUUCGCAUGGUUCCUUCAACAAGCCUGCCGUUGGCGCCAGGUUUAUCGGACCGUAUUCCCCGAGAGGUUGCCGGCUGAUGAUAAGCUUCCGGCCAUUGACGUGUUCAUUUGCACUGCGGAUCCAAACAAGGAGCCGAGUGUGGAAGUUAUGAACACUGUGAUAUCAGCCAUGGCGUUGGAUUAUCCACCGGAAAAGCUUCAUGUUUAUAUAUCCGACGAUGCCGGCUCCGAUGCGACGUUGCGUUGUACGAAGGAGGCUUGGAACUUUGCCAAGUAUUGGGUUCCUUUUCGUAGGAAAUAUGGUCUCGGGACUGCUUGUCCGGACGUUUAUUUUUCAAGCUCCGAAAAUGAUAAUGGAGACUAUAAGGGUUCCGAAUUUAAGGCAGAGAGGAAAAAGAUGGAGGAAAAAUAUGAGGUUCUGAAGCAACGGCUAAGGAAAAUUGUUGAAGGACAGUUUCCCACAAAUGUUGCCAUCAACAAUACUCGGGACCAUCCUUCAGUAAUUGAGGUCAUAAAUAAAGAGGAAGAUGAAGUUAAAAUACCCCAACUUAUUUAUGUUUCUCGUGAGAAAAGACCUUCUCAUAAUCAUAAUUUCAAAGCUGGAGCCCUCAACGUCCUUCUUCGGGUCUCAGCGAUGAUAAGCAAUUCUCCGUAUAUCCUAGCCCUUGACUGCGACAUGUACUGCAAUGACCCAACUUCAGCUAGGAAAGCAAUGUGUUUUUACUGUGAUUCUCAAACACCUUCUUCUUUAGCAUUCGUGCAGUUUCCUCAAACAUUUCGAAAUAUAAGUCAAGAUGACAUCUACGACAACCAAGUCCGAUUUGCAUUUAAGGUACAUUGGUAUGGUUUUGAUGGCGUCGGAGGACCAAUAAUAACAGGUUCAAACUUUUGUAUAAAGAGAGAGGCUUUAUUGGGUAGUUUUAACAAGGAACAAGAUUAUAUGGCACUCAAGAGCUUAUUUGGUCCAUCCAAUGACUUCAUUAAAACCCUAGUUGAAGAUUAUAAGCCUUGUUUCAUAAAGGAUGGGGAAUCUUCAAGGAUGUCGCUCGAAAAUGCCAACAUAUUAGCCUCUUGCUCCUACGAAAAUCAGACAGUAUGGGGUUCAAAGGUGGGUUUUCUAUAUUUUUCUGUUUCAGAAGAUUACUUUACUGGACUUAAUUUACAUCGUAAAGGCUGGAAAUCAGUGUAUCUUAAUCCUGAAAGGUUACAAUUCUUGGGGACAAGCACCACAAAUUUCAAUGACUCAUUAAUUCAAUGGACAAGAUGGACAUCUGGGCCUGUUACCGUUGCUCUUUCUAGGUUUUGCCCUCUCAUUUAUGGUCCUCUAAAGAUGUCUUUGGUUCAGCUUUUGUGCUAUUCAGAACUUGCAUUCAUGCCUCUUCUUAAUUGCCUUUCUCUUUGGGGCUUCGCUGUUAUACCUCAACUUUGUCUCUUCAAUGGCAUCCCUUUGUACCCGAAGGUUUCAGAUCCGAAUUUCAACAUAUUUUCGAUAAUUCUAGUAUCGUCUAUUUCGAAAAGCUUAUACGAAGUUGUUACAACUGGUGAACAAAUCAAAGUAUGGAGAAAUGAAUGGAGAAUAUGGAUGAUGAGAUCGGUAACAUCCUACACCUAUGGAUGCUUGGAUGUUAUUUUAAAUAAGCUUGGCAUGAAGGAAGCUACCUUUUUGCCGACCAAUAAAGUAACCGAUGAUGAACAAGUUAAGCUAUAUGAGAUGGGCGUUUUUGAUUUUCGAACAGCCACCAUGUUUCUUGCUCCUUUGGUUACAGUAAUUCUCAUCAACAUUGCAGCAUUUGUUGGAGCUGUUGUCAAAGCUUUGGUUGUAGAUGAUGAUGGAGAUCAAUAUUGGGAAAAGAUGUUUGGGCAAAUGUUUCUUUCGUUUUUCAUAUUGAUUUCAAAUUUUGCAGUUAUUGAAGGGAUGAUCAUCAGGAGAGACAAGGCUAAGAUUCCAUUGUCUUCUACUUUGUGGUCUGUUGUGUUUUCAAUGCUUAUCUUGUUGAUCGGCUCUGUCAUUUUGUGUUAAAUUAUGGCAUUGGAAGAAUAAAGAAGACCUUAAUCUCAUGCUUCUUAUUA